GAGGGCGGGUGCCGAGCCUCUUCAGAGGCAACGGGCUCCGGUGUUGGUGGCCGCGGGGAGGGAAGGGAGGAAGGCUAGGCGUUUUGUCACGCGGGUUCCCUCUGCGGCCCUUGCCCGUGGAGCACUCCGGCAGAGCUACAGCGUCCGUCGCGCACGCGUGGCCGUGAGGUCGCGGCGCGGGGGGGCGGAAGGGCUGUCGCCGUAAAGCGCGGAGGAUGGCGGUGCCGCCGGGCGCCGCGGAGCUCCCGGUGUUCGAGAAGCGGCUGCUGGUGACGGGCGGCGCCGGGUUCAUUGCUUCACAUGUAGUUGUCUCUCUUGUGAAAAACUACCCAAACUAUCUGAUUAUAAAUCUGGAUAAGCUCGACUACUGUGCAAGCUUGAAGAAUCUUGAAACCGUCUCUGAGAAGGAAAACUACAAGUUUAUCCAGGGAGAUAUUUGUGAACCUGAUUUUAUAAAACAGCUCUUCGAAACUGAAAAAAUAGAUAUAGUCCUUCAUUUUGCAGCCCAAACACAUGUAGAUCUCUCAUUUUGGCACGCCCUGGAAUUCACCUAUGUGAAUGUUUAUGGCACUAAUGUGCUGGUUGCUGCUGCACAUGAAGCCAACGUGGAGAAGUUUGUCUAUGUUAGUACAGAUGAAGUAUAUGGAGGUAGCACUGACAAGGAAUUUGAUGAAUCCUCACCAAAACGUCCAACAAAUCCCUAUGCCUCCUCUAAAGCAGCUGCAGAGUGUUUUGUUCAGUCUUACUGGGAAAGGUACCAAUUCCCAGUCGUUAUCACACGGAGCAGUAACGUUUAUGGACCACACCAGUAUCCAGAAAAAGUUAUUCCAAAGUUUAUAUCUUUGUUGCAACAGAACAGAAAAUGCUGUAUUCAUGGUUCUGGACUUCAAAGAAGGAAUUUCCUUUAUGCAACUGAUGUGGUAGAAGCAUUCCUUACCGUCCUGAAGGAGGGGAAGCCAGGUGAAAUUUAUAACAUUGGAACUAACUUUGAGAUGUCCAUUGCCCAGCUUGCUAAGGAGUUAAUCCAUUUAAUAAAGAGGACCAGUUCAGAAUCUGAAAUGGAGCACUGGAUGGAUUAUGUCAAAGACAGACCUACCAAUGACCUGAGAUACCCAAUGAAUUCAGAAAAGAUGCACAACUUAGGAUGGAGACCUAAAGUCCCUUGGAAGGAAGGAAUAAAGCAAACAAUUGAAUGGUACAAAGAAAACUUUCACAACUGGAAAAACUCAGAGAAAGCUUUAGAGCCCUUUCCUGUGACAGAGCCAUUUGCACAGCUCAGCGGUCCGUAGGGUGGAGGAAAACCUGAAGGAGUUUAUUCUACCUCAUACAGUCUUUUCUUGGAAGCCUGCAAUCAAGUGGCCACAUUGAACUCUUAAUGUAUUCAAGAUAUAUGAACCACGAUGAAAACAGAGCUACAGCACGGCACAACUUUGGAAGGCCUUCAGCACUUUAUAAGUGGAAUCUGUUAAUUUCAGCUUUUGGUGCAAUACUAUAUUCUCACUAGGUACUGAUUUUAAAGAACUGUACAGGGUGAAGAAUAUUUAUAGUGCUAUACAUCAGUGUAACUGAAGUCAAAUAUGUGUUAUUAAUCAAGGAUAAUUGUGAUUACAGUUUUGGGGACUUUCAAUUAAAUUUGUUUUAGUUUUGGAAUCAUUAAUCUGUAUUAGUUUGUUUUUUUUUUACAGUGUAAUAUAUUGUUUUUGUCACUGUAAAGAGUUGCGUUGUUAUAAAUCAAGGUGAAAAAUGCUGUAUUUUCUGGAGAGUAUAAAUCAGUUGAUGAAAGCCAGAUAGAGCACCCAUAUGGUUCAGUCCUUUUCUCUGUUGAUGCAGCAUUACCUUCUGUAGAUGACUCAUUGAACUGUUACCUACUCUGUAAGUUAAAUGCUCCUUUUUUAAGGGGUGUGAGUGGGACAGGUAUGAAGAAGUAGUAGGUGUUCUUGCCGAUAUUUCUAGAAGCAUUUCCUUAAACUUUGCUCUGUUUUACUGUUUUAGAUGUUAUCUUUUUACUGUAUUACUGUCUUUUACGUGUUAAUUUCCUUAACUGCAAUUGUAACAAACUUGAAAUACCGUAACACAGUUAACAUUCCAGUGAUGUUAUUUCCUGUGAUAUGAAGGCUAUGGAGAAAAAUGUUAAACACUUCUUUUCAUGUGAAUUGUGGGUUGGCAGACCUUAUUCAAUGCAGUGUUUCAGAAUUAUUAUUUUUUUUUUUGGUGACAAACAUUUUAAACAUGAAACAAUAUUCGAGUUCUACUGUAGAGUUUGGGGGGGAAACUUUAAAAAUAUGUCAGUGAAUCUUUUUCAAAGCUGAUUUAGUAAUAAAAGUUACAUUGUAA